AUGUUCCUGAAGGCUGUGGUCCUGACCCUGGCCCUGGUGGCCUUCACCGGUGCCCAGGCUGAGGUCAGCGCGGACCAGGUGGCCACUGUGAUGUGGGACUACUUCUCGCAGCUGAGCAACAAUGCCAAGGAGGCUGUGGAACAGCUCCAGAAGUCGGAGCUCAGCCAGAAGCUCAACAACCUCUUCCAGGACAAGCUCGGGGAGGUGAACACGUACGCCGAUGACAUGCAGAAAAAGCUGAUGCCCUUCAUCGUGGACCUGCAGGAGCGCUUCACGAAGGACUCGGAAAAGCUCAAGGAGGAGAUUCGGAAGGAGCUGGAGGACCUGCGCGCCCAGCUGCUGCCCCGCGCCCAAGAGGUGAGCCAGAAGAUCGGGGACAACAUGCAGAGCCUGCAAGAGCUCCUGGCACCCUACACGACCGAGCUGCGCACACAGGUCAACGCGCAGGCCGAGCAGCUACAGCACCAGCUGGCCGGGUACACGCAGCGCAUGCAGACCACGUUCCACGAGAACAUGGGCAACCUGCAGGCCUCCCUGACACCCUACACCGACGAGCUCAAAUCCAAGAUCGACCAGAAGGUGGGGGAGCUCAAGGGGCACCUCACGUCCUUCGCCGACAACCUCAAGACCAAGAUCGACCAGAACAAGGAGGGGCUGCGCAUCAGCCUGGCCCCCUACACGCAGGACAUGCAGGAGAAGCUCAACCACCAGCUCGAGGGCCUGGCUUUCCAGAUGAAGAAGAACGUGGACGAGCUCAAGGCCCAGUUCUACGCGAACGCCGAGGAGCUGCGGGGGCAGCUGGUGCUGGCGGCCGAGGACGUACGCAGCAAGCUCAGCGGCAAUGGCGAGGGGCUGCAGAAGUCGCUGGCGGAGCUGAGCGGCCGCCUGAGCAGGCAGGUGGAGGAGUUCCGCCGCAAGGUGGAGCCCUACGGCGAGACCUACAACAAGGCCUUGGUGCAGCAGGUGGAGCAGUUCAGGCAGAUGCUGGGCCCCUAUGCGGGGAACGUGGAAGGCCACUUGAGCUUCUUGGAGAAGGACCUGAGGGACAAGGUCAGCUCCUUCUUCAGCACCAUGAAGCAGAAAGAGAUCCAGGACACACCCCCGGCCGACGCCCUCCCGGGGCAGGGGCAGGAGCAGGUGCAGGCACUCCCACUGGCCCCCCUGGAGAGCUGA